AUGGACUCGUCACCAACGGCGCUCCUCAAACUCCUCCUCCCACAGACGCCGUUACUCGUCAAAACCGCCCUCUGGCACUCCCUCUCCCUCACCCCGCAGUCGUCAAAAUGGGACCUGAAAACCUCCCUCACCGUCACCAUGAUCCGCGAGAUGGUGGGGCCAAAUGCCGAUCCGCAGCCUAUUGGCAAAACGCAGCGGUUUACGCUGCGGGACCCUGGUGUAAAGGGGAAAAUGUGGGUGAGUCGGGUGGCGAUGGCUGUGCCUGGGGAAGACGAUGUGCGACAGCUUCUUUUUCGGGCGAUUAGGGAGAUGGGGACCGGGGAGGAGAAGUGGGAGGAGCCUGAGCAGAAGGGGGUCGAGGCCGAGUGGAAUGGGUUUCGCAAGGAUGCGAAGGAAGGGGAGGGAGAGCCGGUGGGCAUGGGGGAAAAGGAGAAGUUUGAGCGGUUGAUGCGCGAGACGACGAGUGCAACGACGAUGCUGUAUUUUCAUGGCGGAGCAAUGUAUUUGCUCGAUCCCGCGGGGUAUCGGGGGUUGGGGGCGAGGAUUGCGAGAGAGACGGGGGGCCGCGUGUUUAAUGUUAGGUAUAGGCUGUCGCCGCAGAAUCCGUUUCCGGCGGCGCUACUGGAUGCGUUUACGGCGUACCUUUCCCUCUUGUCGCCGCCGCCGGGGGCGUUUCACGAAGCUGUUCCCGCGAGUAAGAUUGUCUUCGGGGGCGAUUCGGCGGGAGGACUGUGUUGCACGGCGUUGUUGCAACUUCUCUUGCAAAUCCACAGGAGCACGCCGGAUGGGAAGACGCCUACAGUGCGAUUCCACGGGAAAGACGUCGAAAUACCGCUACCGGCUGGCCUGGCGCUGACCUCGCCUUGGUUGGAUAUCACGAGGGCGUUGCCAUCGAUAGAAAACGAAACGACGUUCGAUUACCUCCCGCCACCCAGCCAAACCGACAAGAGAGAUUUCCCGAAAGAUGAAGUAUGGCCUGCCAACCCUCCCCGUGCGGAUCUCUACUGUGAAGGCAGCGCCCUACUCCAUCCCCUCGUUUCCCCGCUCUCAGCUCAAGAUUGGAGCGGUAGCCCGCCCUUGUUCUUCUCCAUCGGCCAGGAGAUGCUGAGAGAUGAAGCCGCUGUCCUCGCUCAGCGCGCUGUGAGGCAAGGGGUCAAUGUUACGUGGCGCGAGUUCGAAGCUAUGCCGCAUGUUUUUGCCGUGUUGCUGGAGGGGCUGGGGGAGAGUGAGGUGCAUUAUAAGGAGCAUCUGGAGUUUAUCAAACGAGUAGUGGCGGAGGAGGGUGGAACGGUGAGAGGAGAGGGGCCAGAGAACAAGGCCCCAGAAAGCACCGCAGUCCUAAUCCGCGCAAAGACACUAAAGAGAGAAGAGAAAGACGUAAGCACGGGUCUAACACAAAUCACAGACGAAGAAGCUAAAGAAAUGAUGAUCAAAGGCCAGGAGAGGAUCGAGAGGAAGUUCGCUCGAGGUAAGGAUCCAGCGGCUGAGAGACCCAUGUUGUAA